GCGAGCGACAGAAGUUGGCGUGCGCACGGCGAACCGUGGGCGGCUCUUCACCGAGGAGGCAUAGGGGCGCCAUGGCCGCAGACGAAGAUGAGUUGAAUCUUCUGGUUAUCGUAGUUGACACCAACCCGAUUUGGUGGGGAAAGCAAGCAUUAAAAGGAUCUCAGUUUACUUUAUCCAAGUGCAUGGAUGCUGUGAUGGUGCUCGCAAAUUCCCACCUGUUCAUGCACCGCUCCAACCAGCUGGCUGUGAUAGCCAGUCACAUUCAGGAAAGUCGAUUCUUAUACCCGGGGAAGAACGGCAGACUUGGAGACUUCUUCGGAGACCCUGGCAACCCCCUUCCUGACUGCAAUCCCUCUGGGAGUAAAGACGGCAAAUAUGAGCUGUUGACAGCCGCAAAUGACGUGAUCGCUGAGGAGAUCAAAGAUCUGAUGACCAAGGGUGACUUAAAGGGCCAGCACACAGAGACACUGCUAGCAGGAUCCCUCGCCAAAGCCCUCUGCUACAUUCACAGAAUGAACAAGGCAGUUAAAGAUAACCAGGAGAUGAAAUCAAGGAUAUUGGUGAUCAAGGCUGCAGAGGACAGUGCGCUACAGUACAUGAACUUCAUGAAUGUCAUCUUCGCUGCUCAGAAGCAGAACAUUCUCAUUGACGCCUGCGUCCUAGACUCGGAUUCAGGGCUCCUCCAACAGGCUUGUGAUAUCACAGGGGGAUUGUACCUGAAGGUGCCUCAGAUGCCUUCUCUCCUGCAGUACUUACUGUGGGUUUUUCUUCCGGAUCAAGAUCAGCGAUCUCAGCUAAUCCUCCCACCUCCGAUCCAUGUGGACUACAGGGCUGCCUGCUUCUGUCAUCGAAGUCUCAUUGAGAUUGGCUAUGUCUGCUCUGUGUGUCUGUCCAUUUUCUGCAAUUUCAGCCCCAUCUGCACCACGUGCGAGACAGCUUUUAAGAUCUCCCUCCCUCCUGUACUGAAGGCCAAGAAAAAGAAACAGAAGGUGUCCCUGUGAUGAACAGACACUCCCAUCUCUCGCCACAGGCCAACUCCCUGGGGGAAUACUGCUCCCAUCCCUGCUUGUGGGGUGGAGCUGAAGUGUACCCAAGCCUCUGAUGUUGUCUGGAAAGGGGGCAAGCACAGUGUUAGGACUCUGUUUGUUGUUUUAAGGUAGCAGUUGCUUGGCAGAAGCUGGCUGGUGCUGCUUUGUUUGUUGUUGCUCUGUCCGUUGGGGCUGGGUGUUGAACCCUGGCCUAGCAUGUCCUCAAGCAGUUCCCACCCUGAGCGGCAGCCCCCUGGGAUUUUGUAUUUAGAUGGUCCUCUAUCAAGAUGGGCAGCGUGUGAAGCAGGAAGGCAACUUAGGAGAAUGACCAGCAUUGGGUCAUUAUCAGUUGUGAUAGAGUAUCUUUUUUUUUGUUUGGUUUUUCGAGACAGGGUUUCCCUGUGGCUUUGGAGGCUGUCCUGGAACUCGCUCGGUAGACCAGGCUGGUCUGGAACUCACAGUGAUCCGCCUGCCUCUGCCUCCCGAGUGCUGGGACUAAAGGCGUGCGCCACCAACACCCGGCUGUGAUAGAGCAUCUUAAUUGGGCAGGUGGUACAUGCCUGGAAUCCUGAACUUGGAAGACUGGGUCAGGAACGUUUUGGGUUCAGAUGUCGCCUGGGAGAUACACACACACAUACACACCAUCUUUUAAGAAAAUGAACAUUUUACAUAAAUUGUUUCCUUUAACUAUAUUCAAAUGUAACCUGACCUAAAGGCACAAGCCUUCAGUCCCAGCACUCAAGGAGCAGAGUUUGAGGCCAGCCUUGUCUACAUAGUAAGUUCAAACCAGCCAGGGCUGCAUCUUGCCAGCUUGUUUACAAAAACAAAACAAGCAAAACCCAGUAGUCAAAUGUACAUGAACCUGAUUAACUGGAGCCUUCCCUUCAGGUGUUAGCUGUUUGAUAUUCCUCUGAUACACCAGCAUAUUUGCAGUUAACUAAAAUUAUUAUUGAUGGUUUUCACCAAAAAUGUAUAAGAUCUGAGUUUAAAUCUACACGGAGAACGGAGCAUGGCUGCAGUAAAGUUUGCCAGACACACAGGGAAGAAUUGUUGGCAGGGUCAGCCACUUACAGGGGAAAAGGAGCUAUCUGUCCUAUCUGUAUAAUUCUGUCAUUUUUAAUAGAAACAACAUUAAUAUUAGAGAACUGUUAAUACUAGAAAUGUAAAUUAGUCCAAUAGAAACACUUGUAAUUUCAACAAUAAAAAUUCUAUUUUUAUAUUUA